ACCCCACCACCCACAUCAUGCUCUCUUCUCGCUGCUGCCAUCAGGAGGAAGAUACAGGAACCUCAGGACUCACACCAACAGUUGGAGGUAUCUACACCGUGAUUCAAACGAAGGCAAAGCUCACGACAGAUGAGUGGCAAGAGAAUUAUGUGCUGAUGGGUCCAUAUUUUGAGCAAAAUGUCAGAACGCAAGUGGAGCUGGUGGAGCCACAGAACCCUGCGAUCAAACACACCAUUAACUCAAUGAAUUCCAGGGGCUGUAAGGUGUACUUUGGGAAGUGGCUGAUCGAGGGGAACCCUUCUGUUGUCCUGUUCGAUGUCGGUGUUUCAGCUUGGAACUUGGACCGCUGGAAAGCUGAGCUCUGGGAGUGCUGUUCCAUCGGGGUCCCCUGGUAUGACCGAGAAGCCAAUGAUGCCAUUAUCUUUGGUUUCCUCAUCACUUGGUUCCUGGGAGAGUUUGUUUCCCAGUGCAAGGAGAAUUGUCCAUUUAUCAUCACUCAUUUCCACGAGUGGCAAUCUGGUAUUGGUCUGAUCAUGUGCAGAUACCGCAAGAUUCCUGUGGCCACCAUCUUUACAACACACGCCACGCUGCUGGGACGGUACCUGUGUGCUGGGAAUGCCGAUUUCUACAACAACCUUUCAAACUUUGAUGUAGACCGUGAGGCAGGUGAGAGGCAGAUUUACCAUCGAUAUUGCCUAGAGCGUGCAGCUGUCCAUUGUACUCAUGUCUUCACCACAGUGUCGGAGAUCACAGCCGUGGAGGCAGAACAUCUGCUGAAAUGCAAACCCCAUGUGGUCACUCCAAAUGGAUUGAAUUUGAAGAGAUUCGCUGUAAUACAUGAGUUCCAGAAUUUGCAUUCCACAAGCAAGAUGCGGAUUCAGGAGUUUAUCCGAGGCCAUUUCUAUGGCCAUUUGGAUUUUGAUCUGGAUAAGACCCUAUAUUUCUUCACUGCUGGCCGUUAUGAGUUCAGAAACAAAGGGGUUGAUGUAUUUCUUGAGGCCCUGGCACGACUCAACUAUCUCCUAAAGACUCAUCAGAGCAUCGUGACCGUCAUUGCGUUCUUCAUCAUGCCCGCCCGGACCAACAACUUCAACGUAGAGUCGCUGAAAGGUCAGGCAAUUCGGAAGCAGCUGUGGGACACAGCAAAUACAGUGAAGGAGAAUUUUGGAAAGAAGUUGUACGAAUCGCUGCUGGUGGGGGAGUUACCAAAUAUGAGCAGACUGAUUGACCAGGAAGACAUCACCAUAAUGAAAAGGGCAUUGUUUUCUACCCAGCGACACUCGCUGCCUCCCGUCUGCACUCACAACAUGUUGGACGACGCCACUGACCCGAUCCUGAACACCAUUCGACGCAUCGGUUUGUUUAACCACCCCAACGACCGGGUGAAGGUGAUCUUCCAUCCAGAGUUCCUGUCAUCCACCAGCCCACUGCUUCCACUUGACUACGAGGAGUUUGUACGUGGGUGUCAUUUGGGAGUCUUCCCCUCGUACUAUGAGCCUUGGGGUUACACGCCAGCCGAAUGCACAGUGAUGGGAAUUCCCAGUGUCUCCACUAACCUCUCUGGUUUUGGCUGUUUCAUGGAGGAACACAUCACAGACCCUGCAGUCUAUGGGAUCUACAUCUUGGAUCGUCGCUUUAAGAGUCCGGACGAGUGUUGCAAUCAGCUCACCUCAUUUUUGUACAGCUUCUGUCAACAGUCCCGACGCCAGAGAAUCAUCCAGCGAAAUCGAACCGAGCGCCUCUCCGACCUGCUGGAUUGGAACUACCUUGGCCGGUAUUAUAAUCAUGCCAGGCUUCUGGCUCUUGCCAAAGCUUUUCCCACUGAAUUCAGCCACAACGUGUUUGGAGUUUCAACUGUUUACCACAUCUCAGAUUUAUCAUCAUUCCCUGUGUCCCCGGCCUUGUCUGUCCACGCCACUUCUCACUACAGAAACACUGAAGAUGAACUAUACACGGAGGAAGGAGAGGCUGAGAAAGAUCGUUCAAGUAUCAAGCUGCAGUCCGAAAUGGACUUCCUCCCUGAUCUGAACAGAAGUAUCAUGGAAUCCAUUGUGGCAUCAACCAAUACCAGCGUCAGUAGCUCCAGAAGAUCCAGCAAGCCUAUCGAUGGCAACACCUCUGCCCAUCCCACCAUACCCACUGAAGCCACCAAUUUUACAAAUCCCAGCAGCUGGAGUAAUCCCAAUCCCACAAAUCCUAAUCCUACUAAUUCCACCAAAUUUGCUGAUCCCAGCAGCCCAAGUAAUCCCACCAACCCUGCCAAUCCCACCAAUCCCAGCAGCUCAAGUAAACCCACCAAUCCCAGCAGCUCAAGUAAACCCACUAAUCCCAGCAGCUCAAGUAACUCCACCAAUCCCAGCAGCUCAGGCAACUCCACCAAUCCCAGCAGCUCAAGUAAUCCCACCAAUCCCAGUAGCUCGAGCAACUCCACCAAUCCCAGCAGCUCAAGUAAACCCACCAAUCCCAGCAGCUCAAGUAAACCCACUAAUCCCAGCAGCUCAGGCAACUCCACCAAUCCCAGCAGCUCAGGCAACUCCACCAAUCCCAGCAGCUCAAGUAAUCCCACCAAUCCCAGUAGCUCGAGCAACUCCACCAAUCCCAGCAGCUCAAGUAAACCCACCAAUCCCAGUAGCUCAAGUAAACCCACCAAUCCAAGCAGCUCAAGUAAUUCCACUAAUCCCAAUAGCUCGAGCAAGUCAACCAAGCCUGGUGGGAUCUGACAAUCCUCGUGUGCCAAGUAAGUCCAAAGAAACCAGGGAAGGUUCACACCAGCACAUUGUGACCACUCUCCUCCUUUAACCUGAACUCCAUCUGAAUGGAAUGAGGAGCAAAGUACAAUUUUCAAUAAACUAUGGUGCUGACCGGUGCAACUUUCCCUUGGCAAUUGACCAUCCUUAAUCAGACUAAUCCAGAGCCAAUGCAAUUUUGGUUCAGUUGAUGUUGCAUGAGUUUUAGCAUUGGCGUGGGAGGUCUGCUGAUGUCACCGCGGUUUGAUGUUAUUCCACUCUCCAUCAGUGUGAUGGUUCCAGUUUGGCUGAGGCUAAUUUCUCGAUAGUUAUUGUGAAUCCACAACCCUGUCUCCAAUGAAAUGAGCUCGGGGAAUCUUUGUACACCCCUGGUCUGUCUAACGGUCACCCAUACUACCCCUGCCUACACUGGUCAUGUGGCUCUCAGCUCGGUAGGUGCUCUGUAGAACUGCUUGGGCUCUGCACACUGGAACUCCAGCUAUUCUGACCGGCAACACUUUCUGGAUGUGUGGUCGCCCAGGAGGCAAGCUGCACCCCGGAGCUUCACACGACACAACAACUGAGACUCUGGUGUUUUUCCAUACCCCUAUUUCCCAGAGGAUAAUCACUUUCAAAUCAACACUUCCUUUACAUUAAACAAGAGAAAAUCUGCAGAUGCUGGAAAUCCGAGCAACACACACAAAAUGCUGGAGGGACUCAGCUGGCCGGGCAGCAUCUAUGGAGAAGAGUAAACAGUCGUUUCCAGCAGAGACCCUUCAUAAGGACUCACUUGAUGAAUGGUCUCUGCCCAAAACACUCUUCCGUAGAUGCUGCCUGGCCUGCUGAGUUCCUCUAGCAUUUGUGUGUGUGUGUGUUGCUUCCUUUAUGCUAGGUUGUUGCAAUUAAUACCAUUUUAAAUGGUUGCUGCUUUCUUCUUUACUUAAUGCUAUUUAGUUAUAGUUAUUAGCUGUUAUUAUUUCACAGAGGUACAUAGCUAACUGAUAAGCAAGGGGUGGGAAGUUGCUGUGGGUAGCUGGAGUUGAUUAACGUCAAUUCAUGGUCUUGUUGGACGGUAGAACAGCCUCAGUCUAUUCCUGCCCCGAGUCCACAAGCUUCUGUGUACCAGCUGCCACUAAUGUGAGCUGGGGGCUUGGCAAUCCAGAUGAACUACAGCAGUAACUCUUCGUCCCCAGUCAGGCUUCUGGACCCAGCAAUGAGCCCACCUUUGCUGAGCUAUCUCACCUCUUUGCUGGCUGAGGGAGUGGAGAAAGGUGAAAGAGCCUGUGGUGUCAUUUCAUCCCCAGCAGCUGCAUAACAGAAGACUCCCUGAUCUACGGGCUGUUCCCGGGGACGCACGCAGAGACGAGCAUCAAAUUUGGGGCCGACCAAAGAGCAUCUGAUAGUCUACCAGCACGCUGAGAUGUCCAUGGCAGAAUGCUGCCGACUGGCACAUUAUCGGCUGCAGGAUUACGUGCUAGACGCACUGAAACCACAAGGUAGGGUCCUUCCACUGGAGAGGGAGGGGCUGGGUGGGGGAGAAAGCCCCUCAAUUAUUGUAGUAGAUAGUGCACCACCCUAGGGUGCCUCAUGAGUGGCAGCAGAA